CCCCACCACCACAUCAGGAGUCCCGCCGCUGCGGUUGCUGCCACCAGAGAGAGUCGGUCAGCACCCCACUCCAGAGGUGUGCAGGCUGCUCAUCUGUCAGUUACUGUUCCAAAGCCUGUCAGGGACAACACUGGCACCAUCACAAACAUGUCACCACGGUUACCGGUCGAUCUUCUCUUUGGCAUUGAGCAGGAGGACAAUUCAGGCUCCUACCAGGACUAUGUUGACAGAUGGAGAAGGAGAAUGGCCGAAGCUUACACGGUCGCCUCCAAAAAUGCAGCUAAGUCGGCUGACCGAGGUAAAAAGCAGUACAACAAAAGUGUGCAUGGUCCAUCACUUCAACUAGGGAGUCGUGUCCUUGUUAGAAAUGUUGUGGAGAGGGGUGGACCAGGUAAAAUCCGCUCCUAUUGGGAAGACAACAUCUACAUCAUUAAAAGACAAAAGGGGCAGGACAGUCCUGUGUUUGAGUUAGAGCCAGAGAAUGGUAAAGGCAGGACAAGGAUUUUGCACAGGAAUAUGUUGUUGCCUUGCGAUUUCCUUCCACUCCAAGCAGAUAAGGAGGCAACUGUAACUAGUACUAAAACGAGGAAAAGACAUUAUAACAAACGGAAACAAACAUGCAUGACUCAGACACAAGUGGGGAGUGAGGAGGAGGAGGACACAGAUGAGUUUUCUGAUGCAGUUUUCACCUGGCCUUAUCCUGUGCCUCAGUGUUCACCUACAUUGGACCCCACAGCAGCAGAGUUUAUGCCACUAAGGGACGGGGGUGAGCCAGAUGAGUUUCCUCACCUGUCAGGAGAUGACCAGGGGGGCCCCAGCCAAACUGAUGAGGAGAAGAUGGACAAUAUGGAACCAGAGGAUGUGGCUAUUGUGGGUGCAGGGGAGGUGGACAGCAGCUCUGAUGUCGAAGAGGCUUUGGAAACAGACCAGCCAAGUCCAUACCCAAAGAGAGAAAGGAGGAGACCACAGACUUUGACCUAUAGUAAACUUGGACAACCAAGUCUUGAAGAAAGAAUAGUGGCCACCAAAUGUGUGAAUAUUCAAGGUUACUGGCGACCUUGGUAAAAGAGGAAGAUAUAAUGUUUACACUUUGUACCCCUAUUUCAAAUGGUAACAAAUGUACCUAUGUUGAUUGUAAUAUUGUGACACAUGGAUUGCAGGCCGAACAUGUGUAUGAGUAAAGGGAAGAUGCUUAGUCUUCAGAUGAGAUGUCGACAACGUUAAUGCCCUUACAGGAGAGUACAAAUAGCAUGGUAAUUUGAUAGAUCGAAUGUUGGACUAAAAAAAAAAAAGCUAUACUGAUUAUAGCAGGAGUAUACACAUCUACAGUGCACGGUAGUUUGGGUAACUUUAAAAAAAAUGAGGUAAUGUAACCUGGUAAAUAGUCCAUGCCAUUCUAUUGUUCUCUAUGUAUUGUUGAUUGAAAGGUACAUUUAUGUCGGGACGACAUUUCUCGAGUGGGGGAGAGUGUGAGAGAUACAGAUAUUGAUGGGGUCGGGUUAUAUUAAAAAGUAUAAAUUGUUAUGCUUUGUUCAUUGGUUCAAAGGUACCCCACACUUUUUUUGCUUGUUUGUUCUGGUGUAUUUUUCAUUUGAACUGUUAUUCUGCCAGAGCACUCAUAUUUACAAGACGGCAUUGAACGCCUCAUGGGUGUGUCAGGAAAACUCUUGUGUACGUAUGUUCCUUGAAGGGGUUUUGAAGUCGUUCUUUUUCCUCCGCAGCAAAGGGCUAGGAGUUGAAGAGGAGCUGCUAUAUGUUUUUGUCAUUUAUCUGAUUGUGAAAUAAAGCACAUGCAGUGAGAAAGCAAC